CCAAUUUCGACCUACCAUUCCCCUGGCUUAGACCUCCUGUUGAAGGCUAAACACUUCCAUUUGAACAAGAACCAGCUUUCAGGUUUCACACCGGCCAAACUUUUCAGCUCUAAGAUGGCACUGAUACACUUGUUGCUUGACAGAAAUAGGUUUACUGGUACUAUUCCAGUAACAUUAGGACUUAUUAAGACUCUUGAGUCGGCUUGAUACAAACGCUCUGGCUGGAAGUGUCCCCUCAAAUCUUAACUACCUUACGAAUGUCAACAAAUUGUGAGUAUCAAUUUUGCAGACUCUACUGUUCUAUUUAACCAUCAUCUUGUUGGUUGUUAAUCUGAUUUUUCAUGGUUUAUAUAUUCUCUUCCAGAAAUUUCGCUCACAACUACUUGUCAGGCCCUCUACCUGACUUAAGUGGAAUGAAUUCCCUCAAUUAUGUAGACCUUAGCAACAACUCAUUUGACCCAUCAGAAGCUCCACUUUGGUUCACAACCUUACCCUCACUCACCACUUUAGCCAUAGAAUUUGGAUCACUUCAAGGGGUUGUGCCAGAGAAGCUUUUCAGCCGUCCAAAUUUACAGCUAGUGAAGCUCAAAUACAAUGCGUUUAACGAUAUGUUGAACAUGAGCGAUAGCAUCAACCCACAACUGCAGCUUGUUGAUCUGCAGAACAAUCAGAUUUCGAGAAUAAGUCUGGGUUAUGAAUACAAAAAUACAUUAAUACUUUUCGGGAACCCGGUCUGCAGCAGUAGUUCUGGUGCAUCAAAUGCUACUUUCUGUCAGCCUCCUCAUCAAACUACAAAAUCUUAAAUGGUCAAGAUGAGAGCUUUUGGCCAACUUGUGGAAAAUGGUGCAAAAAUGGGGAUGCCUGUGUAGCUUCAUCUAAGUUCUUCCAAUCCAAGUCAAGUCAAUAUUGUAAAA